GUCUUUUCGCGAGAUGGCUUCGACGGGUCCGUCGUCGAGCGCCGCUGCGCCCUCUAUGUCCCCUGACUCGUCGCGGUAUGUACCCGGCAUCUAUCCGCCGCCCACCGCUGCCGCUGCUGCCGCAUCGUAUGGCUACGGCGGGAUGGGAGGAUACUACACGGCUGCGCCGGGUGCUCCGUACACGUACGAGCCCAUGACCUAUGCUGCUGCUGCUGCGGUGAGGAAACCGACAUGGAUGGAACCAUGGAGUGACAUGGAUGUAGCGCCCUUUCUCGCAUUGUCGUCGGAUGGGUGGACGGAUGGAUGGAUGGUGCGGUGAUGCAGGGGGCCCCUGGCGUGCCGUAUCCGACGUACGAGUAUCCACCGGCCGCCUACCCGCAACCGGAAUACGGUGAGAUCUAUCUAUCAGAUCUGAUUCAUUCGUGUCACCUCACCUCACCCCGUGUGUGGUGUGCUUGGGCAUGCAGAUUACGUUGGUUCCUACCCGUACGGCACGGGCGCCACCGCCACCACGUGGCCCGAUGACCCCGCUGCCCAGUACGCAGGUAUGCACCUCACCUCUCUAGAACACAGCAGAUACAUACACACACGGCCGGCACGGCAUCAAUGCAUGGGUGUGGCGUUCCCUGCUCUGCUCCUCUCUGCUCCUUCAUUCCCCACUGCUGGUGGUGUUCCGGGCACUUCGGUGGGCCCCCUGAUCGCACCGGCGGCCUCAUUUGCACCGCACUAUCCCCUGCCGCACGUAGCCACGCUCCAGCGAGAGGUGGGGCACUGCAGCGUGCACACGAACACGAGAUGAGGCGUGGUGAGGUGAGGUGUGGUGUGUUGUGUAGGCCAAGAAAAAGAAGAAGGGAUGCUGCUAGACAUGCUGAGGGAGAGGUAGCUCACGAUAUGGCUGGAUGAGUGAAUGAAUG